AAUAGCGCGCUCCCUGAAUCUAGCCUGUCUCUUACCUAGCCUCAACCUGAGCUAGCCGAGCGAGUUUUAAUAAGACAACCAUGACCAGUAAGGCGAGAUAAAAUCCUUCAAGUAACAGAGGUCGUUAAAUAAGUGAAAAGAAAAAAAAUAAAAGGCAACUGUUUAUCACGUAGAAUGUUUAUUGUGCUAAAUGCUAGCUAGCGGAAUUUUUCCUAAUUAUGUUUGAAAGUGACGAUUGGACUUUUGAAGAUGUGUUUGAUGAUAUUGAUGAGAAAACGAUACAAUUCCAUUCUCGGUGUCUAAGUGAACAAGAAUCAUCAUCUGUAAAACGACGUAAAGUGGACAACUCCAAGAUUCUAUUUUCGUCGAUGGACAAUACUUUUAAUUCAGAUGGAAAUAUUGCAACGGAGAACAGCACAUUGUCCCGUAACAAUGAGAGUGAUACAUCACGAAAUCUUUUAUUAGGAAUCUUCCAGGAAAAUGCUUCUCAAGAGAGAUUUAAUCUUGCCAAAGAGAUAAGCAAACCAUUAAAUGAUAUACAAAGAGAAGCACAAUGUUUUCAGUUAUGUAAAACAAAUACAUUGCAUUAUAAAAAGUCUAAAGAAAAGAACUAUAUUAAGACUGUAAAUAAAGUAAAACUUGAUAAAGAAGUAAAAUUGGUUAGAAUAUUCCCUGGGCCAGCUGGCUUAAUAUCAGAUGUUAAAAAUGAUAAUAUUUCUGUUGUAUCAUAUUUAGAUAGAGUGAAAGAGUUAGAAAAAACAGCGAUCAAACAUAUCGAGAUCAAGUCACAAAACGAGAAAAAUUUGGUUGGAGAAAAAGCUUGGAAAUUUUUACUCGAUGAUGUAUCGGAUCAUUUUUUAGAGGAAUAUAGAAUUUCUAUGAUUAAAAAGAAGGCAAAUACUAAUCAUUGCAAUAGCAUGAAAGUAAAAUUUAUAGCAGGUGUAUUGGAUUGUAUAGAUCAUAGUCAAGAUGAUCCAUAUAUUAUAUUAAAAGAUUCAACAGGUUGUAUAGAGGGUACCAUUCAUCGUGAUAUUCUAUUAAAAUAUCCUGGAAUAUUAGAGCCAAAUGUGGUUAUUUUUUUACACAAUGUAGGAUUGUUAAAAACUACAACGUAUAUACUAACAAAUAAAUAUCAUAUUCUAAUAUCUCAAGUAAACUUACUAGCUAUAUAUUCUGAUAAAGGUCGGAUUGUAAGUACGCCUCAUAUGGAAAAUAUUUUAUCAAAUAUUGAAUUAAAUAAAGAUUAUCAUUCUAUGCCAGGAACAUAUGAAAAUUGUGAUAAGGUAACAUUGCAAAUAAAUUUUUCCGUUGAUAAUAAAUCAAUUAAGGAUUGCGAACCUGUAUCGAUAAAAGAUCCGAUAUUAUAUCAAGCAAGCAGAAAAUAUCCAAGUUACAAACAGGAUUAUGAAAAUUGUAAAGAUAAAAUAUUUUCAAGUCCCAACUAUUCGAUAAGUAUGAAUAAUAAUUUAGAUAUGAAUAAUAUUUUCUCGACUACCGAUUGCGAAUUUUUAAUUUCGAAAAAGCAGAAUUGCCUUAGUUCCCAGAGUACUUUGUGCAAUAAGAAAAUUCAACAAUACGAAUUACCAUCACGGAAUAUAAACUACUUGGAAAAUACAAGAAAAGAAUCGAUAAUAAAUUCUCAAAAUAAGAUGGGAGAGGAAAAAUACUUGUCGCAAUCUUUACAGAAAUGCGUCGCGGAUGUAAAAAUUUCUAAUGCACAAGACUCGCGUGAAAGUUGUCUUUACGAUAAUAUAUCGCACGAAUCGCAUACAAAUUCAAAUUUAAAUGUAAAAUCUACAUUGCCGGAAAUAAAGAGUAACUUAGAUAAUUUAAAUACUCUGGUAAGCUACUUUAGUAAUGUUAAUGAAUACGAUUCAGACGACGAGAUUUUGUCACAAUUGGAUGCAGAUAACGUUUUUAAUGCGGCCAUGUCUAAGAAAAAAUGUUAAAAAAUAUUUUUAUGUAAAUACAUCAUCGACAUCACACAUAAUUGCGAUUAGAUAUAAAUACAAUAGAUAAAAUAGGUACAAUUAGAUUUAGAUAGAUUUAAUAUUAAUGUAAUUAUAUUGUAUGAAAAAUAAAUUUACGCGU